AUUUUUCCAUGGUAGUUUAAGGGAAAUGGUUGUAGUUAAGUACAUGUAUAAUAUUAUUAUUUUGUAGAUUAAAUGUACUCAAUAUUGGCCAAAUCUUAACGACAAAAUGCAGCAUGGUAAUUUUAUAAUCAGAAAUCUUGGAGAAAAGGUAUACGCCAAUUACACAUCAAGACGAUUUAAAGUGUACAACAACAUGGAACGAAAAGACCGUGAGGUGUUGAUGUUCCAUUACACAAGAUGGCCAGACCACGGGGUUCCUGAUCCACUCAAUCUUGUUGUGUUCCAUCGUCACGUGACGAAAACGUCACCCCAAACUGGAAAAUAUACAUUGGUGCACUGCAGUGCUGGGAUUGGUAGAACCGGAACUUACAUAGCUUUAGACGCACUCUACCGGGAAGGGGAGAGAAAUGGUAGAGUCAAUGUACCUAUGUAUGUCAGAACCAUGAGAAAAGACAGAAUGAACAUGAUACAAGGGGAA